CCUUUGGAGCCUCAUUGCCACACCAUGAUUCCUCAUUGCCACACCAUGAUUCCCAUUCAUCGCAUAUUUAGCCUUGUCUUCAUAAUUGGAGCUAGUGUUCUGCUAUAUGUAAUUUGGCAUUUGAAAACACAACAAACUGUUCAAAAGAACAUGGUAAGAAUGUCACACGUGGAAGAUGAAGCUACCAUGGAGGAUCCUCGUCCACUCCUAAAUCCUGGGAUUAUGUUUGUGGAAACGUCAGACAACCUGGAGCUGAAGCCAUUGGUGAUGUGCUCAGUGGAGUCUACUGCUCGUCAAAACCCAGAUAAAACAAUCUAUUUCUUCAUGAAGGGGUUCAGUGGCAACUUGAGCCAAUAUCCAGAGCCUAAGUACAGACUCAUCCCGUUGCUCUCCUCAAUGAAGAAUGUUGUCCUUCUCCCUUUAAAUGCUAACGAACUGUUUGAUGAUACUUCAUUGAAUACCUGGUAUCAAAAGGUAAACCCAAAAGAGGAGAGGUAUUGGCUCAAUGUAUUUGCUGAUGGCUGUAGAUUUGCACUGUUGUGGAAGUACGGGGGCAUCUACCUGGACACUGACAUUAUAUCAAUGAAGUCUAUCCCAUUUGGCAACUUUACAUGUCCAGAGAACUCAGAUUAUAUCAGUGUGGGUGCAAUUGGUUUCUCUCACAGGUACCAUCCUUUUCUUUGGAAUUGCAUGAAAGAUUUUGUUGCCAACUACAAUGGAGCUAUUUGGGGUCAACAAGGUCCUCAACUAAUUACCCGUGUGAUGAAGAGAUGGUGUCAGAUAGAUAACAUUGGUGCCUUUAUUGGCAAAGAAUGCAACAACAUCUCUUUAUGGAUCACUGAUCGAUUCUACCCCAUCCCAUGGUCGGCUUGGGAGAAAUACUUUGCUCCCUGGAAAAUGAAAGACGUGGAGCGUAUACUUUCAGUUUCGUAUGGAGCGCAUGUCUGGAAUUUUAUGAAUUCCAGCAGAAAAAAGAAAGUAAUUGCUGGAAGUGGAUCAUUAAUUGAACAUUUUUUCCAGUUAUAUUGUCCAACUACAUACAGGAAUUUAAAUCAAUUGAAUAAUAUUUAGGACUUUGUAUUAUGCAAUGAGCGAAAUAACUAAACCAACAGACCUUUUAAAAGUCACAAUGUAAAAUAUGCAUAAAACACAUUUGAGGACUAUUAAAAUUUGUGAGACGCACUGUUAUCCUUAUUUUUUCUGACCUGGAUACACUACAAUUCCCA